AUGGAAGUGCAUCUUCGUGCAGGUUUUAAAACUAUCGAAGAUUUAAUUAAAGAAGUUUGUUAUGGGCAACGUAUCCAGAAAGCUAUCGAUGAGCUUAAAGCGGAGAAACCCCAGUUUAAGGCUCCGUAUUGGACUUCUCUUGCUCUUCGAUGUUGUAAAAUUGUUGAACGAGUGAAAAGUGUAAGAGCGUCCCCCUUUAUUCCAAGUCAGUAUAUGUGUCCUAUAAUAAAAGACUGGAUGAUGGAUCCCGUGAUGACGCAAAGUGGGCACUCUUACGAAAGAAGCUCAAUCGAGACUUGGCUAGAUGAUGAUUGUCGUGACCCUUUUACACAAGAAAUAAAAAUUAGUCAACUUGUUCUAAAUAGAAAUCUUAAAGAGGCUAUUGAGCAUUACAGACGUAAUCAUCUUGAAUUUUCUGUAGGAAGUGCUAACUGA